AACUUUACUACCAUGUGGGAAGACUUAUUGGUCUACGCUGACGUAUCAUUUGGCUUAUAUAACAACUUGUAGAUUGUACUAACAAUUUCACACACAUGUAUAAGUUUUAAUAACCUUAGUGUGUUCUUUUUUCAUAUUGUAUCAAGAUGAGUGAGAGUAAGGUAGUUGAAGCAAAGCCUCAAAAAAACAUUCAAGAUUUCGAUUCUAAGAAGAAACCUAAGCGAAACAGUUAUGCUUUUGCUUGUGCUAUGUUAGCUUCCAUGACUUCCAUUUUACUUGGAUACGAUAUUGGUGUUAUGAGUGGAGCUGCAAUCUACAUAAAAAGAGAUCUUAAAGUAUCGGACACACAGAUUGAGGUUAUGAUGGGAAUCAUUAACAUCUACUCUCUCAUAGGUUCGUGUCUUGCCGGCAGAACCUCCGAUUGGAUUGGUCGCCGUUACACCAUCGUUUUCGCCGGUGCUAUCUUCUUCGUUGGAGCCUUACUCAUGGGUUUCUCACCAAACUAUGCUUUCCUCAUGUUUGGCCGUUUCAUUGCCGGAAUUGGCAUCGGCUACGCACUCAUGAUUGCCCCGGUUUACACCGCUGAAGUCUCCCCCGCUUCCACCCGCGGCUUCCUCACUUCUUUUCCAGAGGUUUUCAUAAACAGUGGAAUAUUACUUGGGUACGUAUCAAACUUUGCAUUUUCAAAACUAUCCCUUCAAUUAGGUUGGAGAAUGAUGCUUGGAGUUGGAGCAAUUCCUUCCGUCAUCCUAGCCGUCGGAGUAUUAGCCAUGCCAGAGUCGCCGCGAUGGCUCGUAAUGAGAGGCCGUUUAGGAGACGCAAUAAAAGUACUCAACAAAACCUCAGAUUCCAAAGAAGAGGCUCAGCUUAGAUUAGCCGAGAUAAAACAAGCCGCCGGAAUACCGGAAGAUUGCAACGACGAUGUUGUUCAGGUAAAAACCAAAAACACCGGUGAGGGUGUAUGGAAAGAGCUUUUCGUUUAUCCUACACCCGCAGUUCGUCAUAUUGUUAUAGCAGCACUAGGGAUUCAUUUCUUCCAACAAGCAUCCGGUAUAGACGCCGUCGUUUUGUACAGUCCUAAAAUCUUCGAAAAAGCUGGGAUCAGCGGUGACACGCAUCUUCUUCUUGCAACGAUAGCCGUUGGAUUUGUUAAAACAGUGUUUAUCUUAGUGGCUACUUUUAACUUAGACAGAUUCGGUCGUCGUCCGAUGUUGUUAACGAGUGUCGGAGGUAUGGUGAUCUCGCUUCUCACACUCGCUGUCAGCCUCACGAUCAUUGAUCAUUCGAAAACGAAACUAAUCUGGGCCAUUGCAUUGAGUAUAGCAACUGUUUUGUCUUAUGUUGCGACGUUUUCGAUAGGUGCGGGACCCAUCACGUGGGUGUAUAGUUCUGAGAUAUUUCCUUUGAGAUUGAGGGCACAAGGUGCAGCUAUGGGUGUUGUGGUGAAUAGGGUUACUAGUGGGGUUAUUUCAAUGACGUUUUUGUCCUUGGAAAAAGCGAUUACUAUUGGAGGAGCUUUUUUUCUCUUUGGAGGUAUUGCUACAAUUGCGUGGAUAUUCUUUUAUAUUAUGCUUCCUGAAACACAGGGGAAAACACUUGAAGAAAUGGGCGAGUCUUUUGGGAAAAUUUGGGCGAAACCGAAGAAUGCUAAGGGAGUUGAGGAUGGUAAUGAUCGUGUAUCACAAGUUCAGUUAGGGACCAACGUUUCAACUUGAGUAUAGUAGAUAAAUGUGAUAUAUUAUUAGGGUUGAUGUAUAAUUAUGAAAAUAUUAGUGGUGUUGUGUGUUUUUAGAGGGAUGAUGGUCUAACACUUCUAAAAGAAAUGGUGAACUUUAUUUGUGAGAGAGAAAGAUAUAGUAAAAAUUAGGUGGGGAUCUUCUGCUUAGUAGAAACCAUUUUAGUGGAUCUAUUGUGUCAUUCUUUCUCGUGAAUUUAUCUAUCUAGAGAAUCUUCACCCAUUUAGAGUAGAUUUUUAAGAAAAAAUUGUAUGGAAAAAUAAAUUUGCAACAAAUUCCAAUGAUAAGAAAAAGAAAGAUGUUUCAUUAUUUA